GUUAGUGGGGUGCAGGCUAAUAGCGUUUUAAUCGGUGACGUAAUUUGCUCUGAGACCUUGAAGUAGUUGUUUCACUUGCCCUGCAAGGGCAGCGGCUUUUGUGGACCGAUAGGUAACGAUGCUUAGGGUGACUGUUGUCGAUGUGUGCAGAGGGUCCCUGGUUCGAGCCCAGUUAGGGGCGAGGAGAGGGACAGAUGAAAUGCAGUUAGAUCAUUACUCCUCCACCAAACUUUACAGUUGGAACUACGCAUUCAGGCAGUUAGGUUCUCUUGGCAUCCACCAAAACCAAAUUUGUCCCUCGGACUGCCAGAUGGCGAAAUGUGAUUCAUCACUCCAGAGUCCAAUGGCGGCAAGCUAUACACCACUCCAGCCAUCGCUUGGCAUUGCGCAUGGUGAUCUUAGGCUUGUGUGUGGCUGCUCGGCCAUGGAAACCCAUUUCAUGAAGCUUCCGACCAACAGUUCUUGUGCUGACAUUGUUUCCAGAGGCAGUUUGGAACUCAGUAGUGACUUUCGCAAGCGAGGACCAGUGGCAAUUUUAGCAUGUAAGUCUUGGUGGGGCAAAAAAAAAACAAGUAGGAUGCAUGCCAGCAAGCCACUACACAGCUCUAAACAAUACAUUAAUUGCACUAUAACGGUGACAAACGGUGCCCACCAACUGUUAGGGCCUACAUAAGGCCCUUAAUCAGUUAUGUUUAUACAGGGCUACAACAAAAAUAUGUGCCAUUGGGGGUAGGUACUCAAGGACUGGAGUUGGAAAACUCUGCUGUAGGCCUAUGUCUGCAUUGGCGUUGCAGCCUCAAAAUGAGUUCACAUAGCUGAUAUCCUGAAAAAAUAGUGACAAUCAAAUAAAGCUAAUUGGAGAGGCAUAUGACUCAAAUAAAAGGUCAUGUUCAUUUGAGAAUACAACACAGAAACAGACAAAUUCCUUUCCCCUAUUUAUUGCAGGAUUGUGAUCUGUGAUAAAUCAACAUCAACACUAGUUCACCUUGAAUAAUAGUUAAGUUAACAAUUAAAACAAGUUUAAAACCACACUAUUUCAUACAAUUUCAAAGUGUACUAGGAAACGAACUAAUCUGUAAUGGUUACAUUUAAAUAUGUGAAAUAGUAUAAGAAAGCAUGUAAUGUAAGUACAGUAAGUAUAACAGUUUCCUUGUUGCUGUGCCUGUCCUUUGCCCUCAGUCCUCCCUUGUUAAUCUGCAAAUGCUUCCUGUUGUUGUAUCACACAUCAUCCCACACAUUUGAUCACGUACUGUAUAACUCCAUAAACUGGAAUCACGUUUCAGUUAUUUAUCUAGAACGUUAUUGCACCUUAUCUGUUCUGAAAAAUACCAUGCAUGUUUUGCGUGAAAAAACAAAGCAGUAAACGUCUCACUCUCUUUGAACUGGUAUCUGACUGGUGUAUACAGCUGCUAGUGAAAGUCUACACACCCCUUGCAGCCUUCACAUUUUGCUGCAUUAAAUUAUAUCUAAAAAGAGAUUAAAUUAGAUUUUUUCCCCCUACCGAUCUACACAGCCUGCUCCCCAUUUUCAAUGUGAAAGAAAAAUUAUAGAACGCUUUCAAAAUGAAGAUGCGUUUAUUGUGUGUGUCUUCACACCCCAGAGUUAACACUUGGUGGGAACACCUUUGGCACUCAUUACAGUUGUGAAUCAUUUUGAAUAAGAUUCUACCAACCUCUUAAGGCAACAUACUGUAUAUUCAUUGUAUUUGCCCAAAUUUCUCAAGCUCAAGCUCAGGAAAUUUGGUUGGGAAUCAUUGAACAGUCUUCUAAAACUCUGAAGUGGAGGUUUAUGGGUAUCUCGACCCAACUGGUAAGGAUAAGCCCCAUCCCUUAAAAUUCCAUUUUAGUAUUGUUGGACUAAGGAAUAAUAAAGGUUAACUAAUUCAGAGCAAUCAUCAACCGACUCAUUAAAAUGUGUAACCACAAUUAGGUUGUUUCUCACAACUCUUUUUGUACUAUUUUGUGUCGAAAGAACGUGGCUUUAUGAGGAAAGCCACCAAGUCCUCAAUGUGGGAAUUUUUUUAAUGCUCAAAACACCAUUCAUGGAAACCUUUGACAGUGAUUUGGCACAUGGAUCCUGCCAUGACCUUAAACCCCUGGUGGCGACUGGACCUGUUUAAUAACUACAACGUGUUCCACAUGACCAUCAGAAAGAACAUUAAUUAUUACAGCAGACUCAAUGGAGCUGAGAUCCACAUCAUAGGUACCCUGGAUGACAACAAUGACAACAACAAUCCCAGAAUCCGUUUCUGUGUCAUCCUGCAGGUGUGCUGUUCUCUCCUCUAUCCCAGCUCCCAGUGUAACGUGAUGGAGGGUCGAUACAUCAGCGUGGUCAUUCCAGGAAGAAGUGAACACCUGACCCUGUGUGAGGUGGAGGGUCACCACUGGACUGACACAUCCAGAGCAUUUAUUCCCAUAUCUUAGUCUGAAGCACAGGAUACAAUUUUCUGGGCUCAACAUACUUAGAUGUUUUAUAUUGUAGGUAACAUUCUUUCUGUAAGAUAUUUUCAUAGGAAUAUUACGGGCUAUUGUCUUUUUAAUUCUCAAAACCAAGUAAUUUAGUUAAAUCACAUGCGCAAGCACACGCACACGUACUCACACAUGCACGCACAUAUACACACACACUUGGUGAUGUAUAAGAGUGUGGAUUGCAAUUGCACCAGGACCGUAGAUGUAAGGAAACAUUGAACUAAUUGAAUAAUUGACACCUGUCGUGGAAUUAUCAGAAUAUGUUGGUAACAUUUGUAAGAUGUUUAAUAUUCAUCAAAUGUGUGUAAGUUACUUCCCAUCAGAAUGGUAUUUUUGUGUAAUUCUGUGGUGAGGUUGCAGUUAUCUGUUCUAUGUCAAAACUAAGUUGCAUGGGCCACAUGAGAGGGGAGAGGUCAAAGUGUUAACAUAUCUUAUACUCCCUAACUUUCCCAGUGGGGAAAGGAGGGUUUGCAGUGUCUGGAAUCAUUCUAUGCUCCCUCUUAUUGUUGUUUCUAUCUUAACCUAUAGCCUAACCUCCUAUCCGUGAGUUUGUCCAGGAGUUUGUAUUUAGAGUGGUUGUAUCUAAAUGACGAUUUGAUAUAUGCCUGUUGAUUUGGAGGAUUGGUUUAUGGUUCUGGGGUUUGGGAAAGGAGACAAAGCUGAACGAUGAAUUAUGUCUAUGCUGUCUGACUAUGGGUGUCUUUGCUAUUAAAGGAACUAAGUUGCAUUUUAAGGGGGCUCUCAGAGAAUUCACUGGGGAGACACUGAAUUUAUCUGAGAGUCACAGGAUUGUGAUAAGAGCUCAUAUAAUUAAAGAUUGACUUUUAUAACUAACUCUGACGUGUGUGUGGUUUCCUCCCAUGAUUUGGUAAAUAGAGGAAAUUUCCACGACACACCUACCACAAAUCUAAAU